CCAAAGGUGUGUCUCUCCUCCCCUCCCACUUCCAUUGGAUGCUCCCCGAAACCUCAACAGGAAUAAAGGCUUCAUUCUAGAACGCCUCUCUUCUCUGAAGCCCUACUUGAAAGAGUCCUUGUUGCAGAAGAGCUGAGCUGGGCGCUUUUCUCCUCUUAGGCUCCUCGCCAUUUCCAUAGGCACAUUCCUCGCCGCCUCUCCAUCAUCUCCUCCUCUCUCUUUCCCUCUUGUGACAUUUAUCAAGAUGAACAAGUACCUUCUCCUGGGAUUUUCCGUUCUGAUCUUCUGCUCAGUUGCACAAGGUCUGAUGUGCAAAGUUUGUAAAUUCAAAGUCGGCGACCUCUGCUUUGAUUCCGAUGAACCCUGCAAAGCCGAUGAGGGCCAGUACUGCGAAACAACCAAAGUGUAUACAGGUAGAAUAAAGCUCUUCACCAAACACGGCUGUGGCAAGUACUCAGAGCUCUGCAACAAGACGGAGCAGAGGGACAACGUCUUUGACAUGAACUAUAACCGCACGUGCUGCAACUACGACUUGUGCAAUGGAGCAGCCAUGACCAACCCCAGUCUCCCAUUCUUCGCUGGCCUCAGCUUGGCCCUGGGGUGGUGGCUGGCCCACUAAGAUCGAGGAGUAGCAGUGAUGUUCUUCCCACUAACAGACCCUCUGCAUCACCUCGACCUCCUUCGAGCCUGCGGCGUGUGCCCAUGUGCCAAAAUUUCCCUAGCAUGUGCGGAUUUCAAAUCUUCCCACCUCGUUCACUGCCUCUCCUGUAGGCUUGGUUAACUUGUGGACCCUCCAAGCCCAAUGCAACCUGCCUGCCAUCAGCAAUGGUCCACCAGAGGACCACCAGCAAUGGUCCAUCAGUCCACCAGUCUCCUCUUCCCUCUACUCUACCUGGGGAGCUUUGACAAGCAUAGCUGGUGGGUUGUGCUUGGCUUGUUGGGUCACAGGAAUGUUAGGCCUUGCCUACUCUGUGUAUCAGGGUUGGGAAAACUUUUUCCAGACUGGGCACCAUAUUCCCUUCUGGAGGCCACAUGGCAGUGGUGGGCGGGGCCAGAGGCAAAAGUGGGAGGAGCAACGGGUGCAAUUCCUACCCUCCUUUGUACAGUAGGAUCGUUUAUGGACACACUCGCACACCCCUCCACACCCUCUGCUGACUGGAAUGUGCCUUCACACUCUUGCUUGCCCAAAGGGAAGAUAGUGUUAGUUUCUGUUUCUCACUGUGCAGCAGUGCUUCUCUAUGGAAGCAGAGAGCAACUGAACAAAGGAACAAAGGAAACAGGAAACCAGUAACAUCACAUCCGUCUCUAGUCUCCCGUGAGACUGCCAAUAGCCUGGACUGUCUGUGGAAUGUAAGCACAGUCCUGGGACUUGCAGCAGCUGCACAGUGAGAAACAAAAACUGACAUCAACCAUCCUCUGCUACCACUUGUUGGAAAAAUGCCCCCGGGAAGGGUGCCAACUUCCCAAGACCCGGGCUUCUCUCCGGUGGUCACUCUCUGGCUAGAAUCAUCCCUCAGUCCAGAAAGACCCCUCCGUCCUGAGAGGAGCACACUAAUCUUCUGGCAUCCCAUCACAGAAGAAAGAGACAGUCCGUAGUCUACUCACUACUUUAUUAAGACUUACAAGCAUGACUGCUCUCCAGAGCAGCAAACACAAGAGUCUCCGACUCGACUCACACUUCGGCUCAGAAGCGAAAGUAACUCUCCGGUUACAUGAGAACUGGCAGAGACUUCCUGUCUCACGCUCAGAGACAUCACAUGAUGUCAACACUGUAGCUGCUCUUCGCAGCUGGUGAGAUAUGUAAUCCCAACAUAUAGAGAGAGGUGGUGGAGUGUGUGUGUCCUGGGGAGAGGGGCUGUGGCCUAGGGAGAUCUUGUAAUUUCUCCAUCCAUCAUCCACCUACCAAGCAGCUUUUGAAAAUCCAAAACCAGGUGAUUUAGGCUGUACCCGUGAACUCUUCUCUGCUUUGUUCAAACUGAUGAUGAAAGUAAACCCAAGCAGAAAGGCCUGCAUGCCUUGCUCCGUGUUUUCAUUAAGCCUAAGUAGGUGCAACGCAGACCGCAGGACGUGGCUUCCUUAUUCACCCCUGCCCCCUCUCCUCCACACCCUGUUUUGUUUCCCCUUCAUCAGAUUUUUAAAAUUGUGAGCUCCUUAGGGGCAGAGCGGGUUUUGCGCUAUGGAAAGCACA